AUGUCACUUGUACCUGGAUUUCUCCUUCGAGGAGCCCGAUCGAACUACCGCAUUCUCCGCACAAUGACAGGGGAUAACACACACAUCUCCACCAUUUUUAAAGCUGCAGUUGUUCCACAUGAAAACGCUCGCCAGCUCCCUGAUGCCCCCAACUGGGCCAUAAUCAAAGUAGCUGAUGCCAAAUCCAUGAAGUGCAUGACCCGUGAACAACAGGUAUAUCACUUUCCAGGUGUCGCCUCGGCUGAGUGCUUCCGCAAGAUGUACGAUGUGAUCGAUGACAACGUGAGAUACCAGCCCGACCAAGAUACAGACGCCCUCAUUAUGUCGUUCCUCCGGGCGACGUUGACCAGUUGCGUUGUUCUAGAAAGUCAUCAGCACGUCAACACAGAAUUUAAACCCUCCAACAUCCUUAUCUCAAAUCUCAACACCGACUCUAUCAUUACCAAAGUUGACGACCUAGGCCUCGUAGUUCCAUCGAACUCCUUUCGCGAAUGCCAGCCCUUCGCCAUGCGCGCCCCCGAAGUCUACUUAGGUGCACCCUGCACUGAGCCAUCACAGGUCUGGGCAAUUGCCGCGAUGAUACUUGAAUGGGUUAAGCCUGACUGGGAUCUUCCGCGUCCAGAAGAUGUGGAUGAUCCUAUUUUUAAAGAACAGGUGGCACCAGACCUGGGAACCAUCUCUCCGUUUGAUAAGGAGACACGCAAGGUGGAAAUGCCGCAGGAACUAAGAGAUCUUCUUCGGUACAUGAUGGUUCUUCAUCCGGAGAAAAGGCCAUCGGCCAUGCAUGUGCUCGCGUCAAAGGAGUUCCGAGAUUUUGAAAGAUUUGUGGGUAGUUGGUUUGGUUAA